UACUUAUUACUGUUUUCAACGUCUGUCCUGUUAUCAAGGAAACCGUCUCAGGAUUUUCAGGUUAUGCUGCCCGAAAGCUCCCAGCUGAGUCUGAGCGAAAGAGAAAAAGGCUAACGCACAAAAGCAUAUCUACGCACGCAGACCUUACGGAACCAUGAGUGACUCUCAGGACACCAGAGACGCCACUGCCACUGCAGGGCUGGCUGGACACUUGCCGGCUGCAGUACUCCUCCCCCCUCGACGGCAUGCCGACGAUGAAGACGACGAUGAUGGGGACCUGAAUAAGACUCUGGGAGUUCAGCGUUUCCAACAGAUUCUCUCUCCUGCGCCGCGAGUUCCCGCCGAGCAGCACCGUACCUUCAACGAGGAGGACUUUGAGUACCACCGCCACUCCUCACUGCACAUCCACCACCCCCUUUCCAAACACCUGCCCUCCGAGGGCCGGAGGAAGAAGAGCGGACGUAAGAGGAAAUCCUCCGGUCGCAGGAGGGGCUCAGCCAGCAGCGGCGGCGGCGGUGGCGGCGGCAGCACUGCCCCAACUAUAGAGGAGGAUGAGGAGGAGGAGGAAGGAGAGGAGGAGUCCUACAGCCAGCCAGAUGGAGACGGCAACACCACCACUCCUACACCUGAUACAGAUACAGAUGCGCACACGGACGCAGUGCAGUUCUAUAUGUGUGAUGAAGAGUCCGGGAGCUCCACUGUGGUUCGAGGUGAUCUGAGCUCUCCAUCACGACAGCUCAUCAUCGUUCCUGAGUCAGCCGUGCUCUCCAGCAGUAACACCCCAGAGGACGCCACCACGACUGAAGAUGCAGACUCCGUGGUUAUGCAGGCCAACGGCAGGAGAUCCUCUGUGCCUUGUGUGUUCCCACUGGGCUCUCCUGAGGGCAGCUUCAAGCCAGGCCGCAGCUAUGACCUGCAGGAGCGUCGCUGCACUGGUGACCUGACGGGCACUGAGCUCUCUCGCUACCAAUACGUGCCCACUGACGAGAGUGAGGCACAGAUGCUGGCCACUGUUGAUCUAGAUGGCAUUAAGAGUCAUCGAUUUGAAGAUGUCCCCGGUGUGCGACGUCACCUGGUCAGGAAGAGCAGUAAAGGUCAGGUGGUUCACAUCAGCAAGGACCACAAAGAACCCAGCGGCCGCAGCCGCAAACUGGACAGAACCCCACACGAGGUGUUUGUGGAGCUGAACGAGCUGGUGAUGGAUAAGAAUCAGGAGAUGCAGUGGAGAGAAACUGCUCGCUGGAUCAAGUUUGAGGAAGACGUAGAGGAGGAGACGGAUCGCUGGGGCAAACCUCAUGUUGCCUCGCUGUCGUUCCGCAGCCUGCUUGAGCUCCGCAGGACCAUCUCACACGGUGCUGUGCUGUUGGACCUGGACCAGAGGACCCUGCCUGGCAUUGCUCACCAAGUGGUGGAACAGAUGAUCAUCUCUGACCAGAUCAGAGCAGAAGACAGAGCCAAUGUGCUCCGAGCUCUGCUGCUCAAACACAGCCACCCGACUGAUGGAAAGGAGCACAGCUCAUUCAACAGAAACAUCUCAGCAGCCAGCCUGGCUUCUCUGAUGGUCCAUCACAACAGCAACAAUCACAUCGCCCCUCCAGAACCUUCUGCCACAGACCCACUUAUAGCAGGAACUGGCGACUCCGACUCACAAACUCGCGUCGACAUCGAGAAGAAUGAAGUACUGCAGAAAGAUACUUCAAUGUCGGGCAUGCACAGAUCUAAAUCGAAGCAUGAGCUCAAGCUUCUGGAAAAAAUCCCAGAAAAUGCAGAGGCCACGGUCGUGCUUGUGGGCAGUGUGGACUUCCUGGACCAGCCAUCCAUGGCCUUUGUGCGGCUGCAGGAGGCAGUUCUGUUGGAGUCGGUUCUGGAGGUGCCAAUACCAGUGCGCUUUCUCUUUGUCCUUUUGGGUCCCCCUAUCGCGAACAUGGACUACCACCAGAUCGGCCGCUCCAUAUCUACUCUUAUGUCUGAUAAGCACUUUCAUGAGGCAGCGUAUCUGGCAGAUGAACGGCAGGACCUGCUGACGGCUAUUAACAGCUUCUUGGAUUGCAGUAUCGUACUCCCUCCCUCUGAAGUGGGUGGGGACGAGCUGCUCCACUCAGUAGCUCGCUUCCAAAGAGAGAUGCUGCGCAAAAGACAUGAGCAAGAGGUCAAGCUACAGGCCAAAGAGCCCAAGAGCCCUGAGGAUGAAGCUCUUUUGCCCCCAUUUAAACCCCGAGAUGAUCCCCUUCGGAGAACAGGCCGCAUGUUUGGUGGUAUGAUUCGGGAUGCGCAAAACCGUUAUCCCAAAUACAUCAGUGACUUCAAGGAUGCCCUCAACCCUCAGUGCAUGGCUGCUGUCAUAUUCAUUUACUUUGCUGCCCUCUCUCCUGCAAUCACCUUUGGAGGACUUUUAGGUGAAAAGACUGGGGGGUUGAUUGGUGUCUCUGAGCUUAUCAUCGCCACUGCAAUGCAGGGAAUCGUGUUCUGUCUGCUGGGUGCUCAGCCGCUCCUUGUGGUUGGCUUCUCUGGGCCACUACUGGUGUUUGAAGAAGCAUUUUUUUCUUUCUGCAAGUCCUAUGGAAUGGAGUACCUAACAGGCCGUGUAUGGAUUGGGUUUUGGCUGGUCAUCAUUGUGGUGCUUAUGGUGGCUUUUGAGGGAAGCUUCCUGGUACGCUUUGUCUCCCGCUUCACCCAGGAGAUCUUCUCCUUCCUCAUCUCCCUCAUCUUCAUCUACGAGACCUUUGCAAAGCUUUUCAAGAUUUUUAAGGACCACCCUCUUAGGCCCUGCAACAGCACAACACCAAACGACACCACACCGCAGUUACAUAGCAACUUUAGUAGCUCUGCGGACACCCCUGGGAAAGUCCUGAACCAGCCCAACACAGCUCUGCUGUCGCUGGUGCUCAUGUCGGGAACCUUCUUCAUUGCCUUCUAUCUGCGCAAAUUCAAGAACAGUGCCUUCUUUCCUGGCCGUCUUCGCAGGGUAAUAGGAGAUUUUGGAGUUCCUAUUGCAAUCUUCAUCAUGGUUUUGGUGGACUACAGCAUAAAAGACACCUUCACCCAGAAGCUGAGUGUGCCUGAUGGCUUCAAUGUGACCAGCCCAGAAAAACGUGGCUGGGUGAUCCACCCACUGGGCUCUGAUGGCCAGUUCCCCAUCUGGAUGAUGGCUGCCAGCAUUCUGCCUGCCCUGCUCGUCUUCAUCCUCAUCUUCAUGGAGACACAGAUCACCACACUGAUUGUAAGUAAGAAAGAGAGGAUGUUGGUGAAGGGUUCUGGCUUUCAUUUAGACCUGCUGAUCAUUGUGGCUGUGGGGGGGAUUUCAGCGUUGUUCGGCCUCCCAUGGUUGGCUGCUGCCACAGUGCGUUCUGUGACCCACACCAACGCCCUCACAGUCAUGAGCAAGGCUGUCGCCCCUGGUGAUAAACCCCGCAUCCAAGAAGUGAAGGAGCAGAGAGUGACUGGACUUCUUGUAGCAGUUCUCGUUGGUCUCUCUAUUGUGAUUGGAGACGUUUUAAGACAGAUCCCCAUCGCUGUGCUUUUUGGCAUUUUCCUGUACAUGGGGGUGAUGUCGCUCAACGGCAUCCAGCUGACUGAGCGCAUGAUGCUGCUGCUAAUGCCUCCUAAAUACCACCCGGACCACACCUACGUGCGCAAGGUGCGUACUCUACGCAUGCACCUUUUCACUGGUAUCCAAAUGGUGUGUCUGGCUGUGCUCUGGGCCGUUAUGACCACUGUGGCCUCGUUAGCCUUUCCCUUUCUGCUCAUCCUUACGGUGCCCCUCAGGAAGUUCCUGCUCCCACGGAUCUUCAACUAUCGCGAGUUGCAGUGUCUUGAUGCAGAGGACGCAGAGCCCAAGUUUGAUGUAAGGGAGGGACAGGAUGAGUACUCGGAGAUGCAUAUGCCUGUGUGACCAUGUCCAGGUUGCCUGCUGGUCACUGACACACUUCUUUGCCAGAGGGGUCCAAAGAUAAAUCGUCAUUCUCACUGAAUUGGUAGAAUCACAGACAUUAUCCUGGCUGUGGAACAAUCACAGUCACAUCUUUUACUUGCAAUACACAUCACGCACAACAACAUUCUGACAAGUCAUCUCACUAAAGGCUGUGCCAGAUCAGAUCAGUCACUGCAGUCCUGCUCCCAGGAGCAUGAGGCUCAUGCCUAAAGAGUAGUUUUUUAGCUUUGUCUUUAUCUUUUUUUUUUAUUAUUGAUGGAAGAGCUAUAUUUAUAUCUGUAUUUAACGGUUCCCUGAAUGUCUGUUGCAAGUGGAUCUUAUAGAUCAUAUAGAUCUUACAGAAAUUAUUUCUUGUAACCAACAUUUUAUUCAAGAUGGUUAGUGUCCCUGUGCAGUGUGA